AUGAAGUCAAUAAUAGUUCUAGUAGGAAUAAUUCUAAUCAGCUCAGUAGUGCUAGGUCUUGAAAAUGGUUUGGCACGAAAACCUCCGAUGGGUUGGAUGAGUUGGGAACGGUUCCGCUGCAUUACGGAUUGCAAAAAGUACCCCGACGAGUGCCUUAGUGAGCAGUUAUUCAAGCGGAUCGCCGAUUUGAUGGUUUCCGAAGGUUACCUGAAGGCGGGCUACGAUUACGUGAACAUCGACGACUGCUGGUCAACGAUGGAAAGAGAUUCCACCGGCAGGCUGGUUGCCGAUCCGCAACGGUUUCCGAAUGGAAUGAAAUAUUUGGCGGAUUACAUACACUCAAAAGGUCUGAAGUUUGGCUUGUAUCAGGAUAUCGGAACAAAGACGUGCGCCGGUUAUCCAGGGAUGAAGGACUACUUCGAAAUUGAUGCUCAAACUUUCGCCGAUUGGGAUGUGGACUUCAUUAAGAUUGAUGGAUGCUACGCUGACGAGUUGAAGAUGGUUGACGACUACAUUCUAUUCGGAAAAUUUCUGAACAAAACCGGAAGACCUAUUUUGUAUUCCUGCAGCUGGCCGGCUUACCAAGAGUACAAAGGAAUCAUUCCAGACUAUGAGAUUUUGAAGACAACCUGUAACAUGUGGCGAAACUGGGGAGACAUCGAAGAUUCUCAUAGUUCCGUUGAGACGAUCACGAGGUAUUUUUCGGACAACCAAGGUCGCAUCCAACCGCACUCGGGACCUGGCCAUUGGAACGAUCCGGAUACGCUGGUGCUGGGAAACUAUGGCCUAAGUUACGAGCAAAGCAAAUCACAGUUCGCCGUUUGGACAAUAUUGGCCGCACCUUUGCUGCUGUCUAAUGAUCUUGCCACCGUAACACCGGACAUUAGGGAUCUGCUGCAAAAUAGGGCCGUUAUUGCUGCCAAUCAGGACUAUCUUGGAAUACAGGGAUUGCUACUUAAAACAAUGAACAAAAUCGAGAUUUGGAAGCGACCGAUUCUGCCCCGGGUUAAGGAUGAACUGACGCAAGUGAUUGCCUUUGUAAGCCGCCGCGCCGACGGUGCGCCCUACGCCAUCCAAGUGAGUCUGAUCGACGAUCUGGGACUUAGCAACAGCACCUAUAUCAAGGGAUAUGAAAUAUUUGAUCUUUUCGAUAGCAAUCGUAAACCCGUUCACGUUCGGCGGGACGGUCGUUUUGAAACACGUGUCAACCCGACCGGUGCCAACCUGUACCGGUUCGUGCCUAAGUUGAAUGUUAUUCUUCGCAGCAUCACCGAUGAUGAUUAUUAA